UGACCAGCGAAGGACAAGGGGCCGCGGCGGAAGGAGGGCGCACCGGGACUGCUCUGCCCGCCAGUUCCCACAGCGGGAUCGUCGCGGAGGUCGAGUCAAGAAGUCCUGCAGCAGCCUGGAUGGAGCCUGUCUGAGGGGUGCUCCAGAGCAAGAUGGUGCUGGACUCAGGGCCACAGUCUUAUCAGCGGCCUCCGUGUCCUGGGGUCUUUGGUGCAGAGCUGCAACAGAGGGGAGGUGGGAAGGCAGAGGGCUUCCCUCCAUAUGACAGGCUGCAGCUUUGCCCCUUCCUGUCUCCUCCUCCCCCCCUGGACUCGGACUCGGCCAGCCCUGGGGCAAGGGCCCAGCCCUCCUCCAAGCCCAAGGACGCUGGAAGCUUGGGGACCAGGACACCCUUGGGCCUCUGCCCUGCCUUCCAGAGGCCCUGCAACUGGAUGCGGCGAAGUGAGAGCAUCUGCUCCGUGAAUCGGAGGGACCGGGACAGGGGCCAGCUCCGCACUGCUGCCUCCCUGCCUCAUCUUGCCAAAGCCAUGGGGGAGCAGGAGGUCAGAAACAGGACAAAAAGCCCUUGCUUACUGGUGGCCCUGAGGCCAGUGAAUAUCGAGGAGGAAAAAGUCCGGUUCUUCCAGUCCUCAUAUACCUACAACCCACAGUUUGAAUAUGGGGAGACUGUACCUGAAACUGUGUUGGAAAAAUACAAGGAGGCCUCAGGCCAGUUCAUUGUGCAGGCUGUUGGGAUAAUUAAGGCUGUCCUGGAUAAAUACGGCACCUACGAGAGCUUUGAGGCCUCCAACGGUGGGAAGCUGCUCAGCAAGUGCCAGAUCUGGUCUAUCAUCCGGAAGUACAUGCAGAAGGAAGGCUGCUCUGGAGAGGUGGUGGUUCGACUCUCCGAGGAUCUGCUUUCCCAAGCGGUGAUGAUGGUGGAAAACAGCCGCCCAACUCUAGCCAUCAACCUGUCUGGAGCUCGUCAGAACUGGCUGGAGGGCAUGUUGCGCCAUGAAAUAGGCACCCACUAUAUCCGUGGGGUCAAUGAUGCCCGCCAGCCCUGGCACAGCAUGGAGGGCCGCAGACAGUAUGGCCUAAAGCCUGCAAACCCCACAGAGGAAGGCCUGGCGAGUCUGCACAGUGUCCUCUUCCGCAAGCAGCCCUUCCUGUGGAGGGCGGCGCUUCUCUAUUACACCGUCUACCAGGCCAGCCGCAUGUCCUUCUGCGACCUCUUCCACGACCUGGCGCGCUACGUUCACGACGCAGGCGUGCGGUGGGAGUACUGUGUCCGAGCCAAACGGGGCCAGGCAGAUACUUCAUGGCCAGGGUGUUUCAGUAAAGAUCAAGUGUACCUGGAAGGAAUUCUCCGGAUCCUGAGACAUCGGCAAACCAUUGACUUCCAGAUGCUGGUUGCACUGGGGAAGGUCUCCUAUGAAGAUGUGGACCACCUUAAGAAACACGGGAUGCUUGAAAAGGCCCGAAUCCCACACUUCAUGCAGGACCUGGGACGGUACAUGCAGCAGCUUGAUCACAUUGUCACCACCAACUGUCUCAGUGAUGAGGAACUGCAGCAGCUGCUGCCUGCCUGA